AUGAGGUUUGGUGGUAGAAUUAUUUAUAGCAAGACUGCUAGUGAGGUUGAUAUGCGAGCAAUGCAGCUUCUAAGAGAUCUUGAAACCAAGAGAGAUCAAUCUGGAAGAGCUAUUGUUGGCUUUGAUGUUGAGUGGAGACCAGAUUUUACGAAAGGUUUCGUCGGUGUUGGGAUUGGUGAUGACUCUGCGAAGCUUUUCCGUGACCAUGGAGUGUCUAUCAAAGAUGUCGAAGAUCUUUCGGAUUUAGCCGACAAAAAACUUGGUGGAAAUUCGAAGAAAUGGGGUCUUGCCUCGCUAACUAAGACACUUGUUUCCAAAGAGGUCUUGAAGCCAAAAUGCAUCAUGCUCGGAAACUCGGAAGCCUAUCCUCUGUCAAAGAAGCAAUUAGAAUACGCAGCAACCGAUGCUUAUGCUUCAUGGUAUCUGAUAGGUUAA